CAAUAUAGCAAUUUCCGUUGAAAGUGUUAUUAGUCACCAAAUGAUUUACAUAUAAAGCUCAGCAUCAAAAUUGUCCAUGUUCAUUUCGGGAUCUUGACACGAUCACUAUCCUUGGUAGAACGGCCGUUAAAAUGAGGUUUACAGGCAUAACAACUGUAUUGCUGUUUUUCUUCACUUUCUUGAUUGUCGUCGAUUGUUGCAGUAAAAGUAGUAACAGUAGAGGCGCAUGGCAGAAAACGAAAGACUACGCUUCGGGAUUCAAAAAUGGAGCAAAGGACAUGUACAGGGCUUACAGUGACAUGAAGGAAUCAGACUGGAAAUACUCUGACAAGUAUUUCCACGCAAGAGGAAACUAUGAUGCCGCACAACAUGGCACUGGCGGGAGGCAUGCGGCAAAGGUCAUCAGUGAUGCCCGUGAGGUUUACGGGUUUUUCAAGGGCGACAGUGCCGCAGACAGAGCAGCUGAUCAAAGAGCCAAUGAGCAUGGCCGCAACGGAGGAGAUCCGAAUAGAUAUCGCCCGAGAGGACUUCCAAAAAAGUACAAAAAAUAAACGUAUUCUGAUACAUCGUUUCGUAGAAAGUUCUGACUUUUUUCUAUAUUUUCUUGAAAUACAAGUUUAUCAAUAUGAUAUACAUAAAAUAAAACCAAAUGCUAUCAAUCCCACUAACAAAUGAAAUUGUUUGUAAUAGUUUUAAGUGAUCAUCUCAAUACCAUCAAUAAUAAUGCAUGGCCACUUUUUGUGUCAAUUUGUUUUGGUGUUCGUUUCUUAAAUUC